UGACGUCGAGUACGCGCAUGCGUGGAUCGAUCGGGUGAUAAAGCAAGAUGGCGUCUGACGGAGAAGUCCUAAACGCGGGCAUUAUAUUUCUGUAUUCUUACAUAUAUGUUGUUUAAUAGAUUACACACGGCUAAUAAUUGUUUGUAGCCGGAUACAUUAGUCUGAGCGCACUUUGACACUUCUCCUGUUUGCCAGCUUCACUUAAGGUAGCUUGCAGCUAGUUUAGCUGGCUAGUUAGCUUAGCUUGUUAGCUGCUAACAAAGAGACGCGGAAGUUAUUUAAACAUCGCUAAGUAGGGAACUAAUGUGAGUGUAAAGUGUUGUGAUUGUCUGAAAAUGUGCGAAAGAACGAUAGCAAAGUACGAGGAGGAACUUUGUCCAACAAAAGAGGAGGACGAGCGACAACAUCAACUACAGGAUGUUUAUUAUAAGAAACAUCAUCAAGUUGUGUUACACAGAACAGACGUCUGUGAAGAACAACUUCUGCCUGAAAAACCGGAGUGUAGCUUCAGGAUGGUGAAAGAGGAUCCAUCAAAGAGGAAGACCAGGUGUUACGGAACCUCCGGCGUCUCCUUUUCCUCUUUGACACAGACCCUUCCUUGUAAAAAGGAAGAGGAAUACUCACUGACCCUCCACAUUAAAGAUGAAGAGGAGGAACACAGCAUCAGUCAGGAGGGAGAGCAUAUUGAAAGACUGGUGGAGUUCCCAGUGACUGGUGUCCCUGUGAAGAGUGAAGAUGAAGAGGUCAAAGGUGAAAGUGAGGAGAAGAGAGAGGCGGAGCCUCCAAGCAGCAGCUCAACACAACACAUGACAACAGAAGCUGAUGGAGACCACUGUGGAGGAUCACAAGCAGACAAGCUCUUAGCUCCACUAUCAGAUAGUGAGGACACAACGUCACACUCUCCUGACACUGAUGAUGAAGACUCUAAAGAUGAUAAGACAUGUCACACUGACAACACUCACUUCACAUGUUCUCACUGUGACAAAACCUUUAAAUACCAUUGUCAUCUGAAAACACACAUGAGAAGACACACUGGAGAAAAGCCUUUUAUAUGUUCAAUCUGUAGUAAAGGUUUUGUAGAAAGUCGCUAUUUGAAACUACAUUUGAAAACACACACUGGUGAAAAACUGUUUUCCUGCUCAGAAUGUGGUAAAUGUUAUACUAACAGUCAGAGUUUAAAAGUACACAUGAGAACACACACAGGAGAAAAACCUUUUUCUUGUUCAUUCUGUGGUAAAGGUUUUACAAAAAAAAACUUGUUAAACCAACACAUGCCAAUACACACUGGAGAAAAACAUUUUACCUGUUCAAUAUGUGGUAAAAGUUUUACACACAGUCAGAGUUUGAAAAAACACACAAUGUUACACUCUGGUGAAAAACCUUUUAUCUGUUCAAUCUGUGGCUCAUCUUUUCCAAGGAAGGAAUCUAUGAAAGUGCACAUGAGAACACACACUGGUGAAAAACCUUUUUCCUGUUCAGUCUGUGGUAAAGGUUUUGCAGAAAGUAAAUAUUUGAAAAAACACACUAAAACACACACUGGUGAAAAAUCACACACCUGUUCAAUCUGCAACAGAAGCUUUUGUGAACGAUCAAACCUUAGAGCACAUAUGAGAACACACACAGGAGAGAAAAUGCUGAGUUGCAGUGUGUGUGGUGAAAGAUUCUCUUAUAAAAAGCAAUGUAAGAAACACAAGUGUGCUGGUGAGAACAGCAGCAGCAAAUGAAACUGCAGGAUUUGAAAUAAACCUUCAAAACUUUAAUUUUUACUUUCUAGCAACAUCAGCACAUAUAACAUGUGUGACAUUGUUGUUUGUGUAACAAUAUUUUAAUAUGCUUCUACAUUUAGAGAUUAGUUAUUUUAUAUUACUGUUUUUUUUUUUAACCCGAGUUCAUGCAAAGCCAUUUAUCAACAACACCCAGAAACGCCGCCUGCUUCGCAGGGCCCGAGAUCAUCUAAGAUUGACUGAUGCAAAGUGGAAAAGUGAUAUGUGGUCUGACGAGUCCACAUUUCAAAUUGUUUUUGGAAACUGUGGACGUGGUGUCCUCCAGACCGAAGUUUAAAAGCACCAUCCAGAUUGUUAUAGGCGCAAGGUUUAAAAGCCAGCAUCUGUGAUGGUAUGUGGGUGUGUUAGUGCCCAAGGCAUGGGUAACUUACACAUCUGUGAAGGCACCAUUAAUGCUGAAAGGUACAUACAGGUUUUGGAUCAACAUAUGUUGCCAUCCAAGCAACAUAAUUUUCAUGGAUGUCCCUGCUUAUUUCAGCAAGACAAUGCCAAGCCACAUUCUGCACGUGUUACAACAGCGUGGCUUCGUAGUAAAUGAGUGUGGGUACUAGACUGGCCUGCCUGUAGUCCAGACUUGUCUCCCUUUGAAAAUGUGCGGCGCAAUAUGAAGCCUAAAAUACCACAACAGAGACACUGGACUGUUGAACAACUUAAGCUGUACAUCAAGCAAGAAUGGGAAAGAAUUCCACCUGAAAAGCUUAAGAAAUUAGUCUACUUAGUUCCCAAACGUUUACUGAGUGUUGUUAAAAGGAAAGGCCAUGUAACACAGUGGUAAAAAUGCCUCUGUGACAACUUUUUUUUAAUUUAUUGCUGUCAUUAAAUUAUAAGUUAAUGAUUCUUUGCAAAAAAAUAAAAAAUAUAUUUCUCAGUUCCAACAUUAAAUAUCUUGUCUUUGCAGUCUAUUCAAAUGAAUAAAAACAAUUAAAAGAUUUGCAAAUUA